AUGCUUAGAAGAGAUCCAACUACAAUCAAAUUAUCACCAGAGGAUGUGUUAGAAUUUGAUGAAUUUGUAGAACAUCAAAAAAUAUUAAAACAACAAGAAGCUCAACAAGCUCAACAGAAUACUUCACAAACUCCUCAACAAACAAAUCCCAAUGAUAGCAAUUUACAUCAAAAUCAUAAUAAUACUGAUUUAAGUCCUUCUGAUACUUUAUUACAAGAACAAUUAAAUAACAGUGGUGAUGGUUUAUUAGCAAAUUAUAAAGAAGGUCGAAGUUUACAAGAUCGUCAAAAUCAAUCUAAAAAUGAAAGAAUUGGUGUUCAUAGAAAUCAAUAG